UACAAAGCACCGUGUGUGGGGCUAGGUGAAGCGUGCCUCAGGAACACUCCGGACACCACUUGGGUUUGUCUUUGUGAGUGCUUCACGGCUCUGUCUUAUUCUUAUCGCUAACAUGGAACCCAACAGCCCCAAAAAGAUACAAUUUGCUGUGCCUUUAUUCCAGAGUCAGAUCGCUCCAGAGGCAGCGGAACAGAUCAGGAAAAGAAGACCCACACCAGCGUCCCUUGUGAUACUCAAUGAACAUAAUCCCCCAGAAACCGACGAGAAGAGGAUGACCAACACUCAAGAAUCGCAGAAUGCAUCCCCUAAGCAAAGGAAGCAGAGUGUGUACACACCGCCUGCCAUGAAAGGGGUUAAGCAUCUGAAAGGCCAGAAUGGAUCAGCAUUCCCUGAAGAAGAAGAAAGUGCAAGCGAAAGAGAAGAUAAGUGGGACCACUAAUUACCCCCCCAGAAGCAAGAGGACUCCUUGGGGUUAGCUGGACUGAACGCUCUUCUGAAUAGCCUAUGGUACUCCCAAGCCCCGCCUCCCACAGGCUCUUCUGCCUCAUCUCCACACCCACAGCAGUUACAAUCCCCCAGAAGACUCCUUGACUGAACUGGGAAACCUAGUGCGGAUUGUUGUGUGCCACUCGCAGCAAAGAACAGGCACUUAUUGUACAACAAUUUUUCUUUUAAACUAACAAUACCUGGGAAUCUGCUACCGUAUGUGUGUUCUCACUUUGAUAAUACCAAAGCUGAACUCCUACUGGCCUGCUAAUAUGAUUUACUUUCCAAAGUCAAUGUAGAGAGUUUUACUCAAAGAGUACAGAAUAAAUAUCAAAUGCACUUGGAAUGAAUGUGAGUGGGGCUUAAUGGAAGAGGAAUGUCUGUGGAAGCUUCUGAGUUAAUACCUGCCUUUAGCAUGCUUCUGUGUAUAGAUCAGACCCGAGUUUACUUCAAGAAGACAAAGAUAGGUAGAUGUCAGUUGUCUUGAUUCAGAACAGCACACCAGACAUGAAAGGUUCCUCCUCCCGCAGUGCAUCAAUGGUUACUUAAAGAAACAUGUCUCUUCAUUCUCUAUGCUGUGCAAUGUUGGCUUCUCUGCAUCAUCUAAUCAUUUCUAAUAAAACAUGGCCGAUUUCUUCUGUGCUCUCCUUUUUUAACAAUGUGAAGUUAAGCCAUCUGUUAUGCAUUGGGUUUUGUUUGUCUGGGGAGUUUGGUUGUCUCUUUUACUUUCCUUGGUGCUGAGAAUGAAGCCAGGGCUUUGUAUAUGCAAAUAUUCACCCACUAGGCU